AUGAAACGCGUCGGUAUUGCAGCGGACCCAUGCAUAGGGUGCCAUGAUGAGGAGAAUGAUAGGAUCGUGAUAUCCCAAGACUCUGAUUUUUUUGCGUACGAACGAGUCUGCUUCCUAGUGCGACCCCUUCCGCACCGUAGACGGAAGUUUGGGGUUUACGACGUAGACAACAUUAUCCAAGCACUAAGACUGCCAACACACGCGCAUCUGGUGUUAUUCUGUGCCAUCGCAGGCAAUGACUACUCAAGGAACCUCGAGACGUUAGGCCCGAUUACUAAUCUUCGAUUAAUUCGAAAGGUUGAGUGGAACGAGAACUAUAAUAAAAUGCUUCAGGCCUACCUAAGGGAAGCUAGUAAGGUGUUGGGAAGGAACGUAGCCUCUGAGGAAGGCCGUUUCAGUGUAGCUCUCCGCAUUUUUACUUCCGGCCAUCAAACGUCGGCCCAAGCGUUACCAUCGAACAAUGAGUUCGAUAACUUCAAGCAGCGUCUACUCAAUGGAAAGGAUCUUCGCCAUAGAAUGGCUCAGCAAAGGCGACCGCAGCGCCGCAGAACAGGCGUACCAUCAUUCUAUAUAGCGGAAGGGUCACAUAGGAACCAGUUCCGGCCCAUCUUUUCUGACAAGCCGAGCAUAUUGAAUGGGCGCACAGUUGAUAUCAGUAACUGCUGUCAGCACGAUAGGCCGGGCCUUAAGCAUCCACCACGUCGGAGAAAGGCAAAAAAGAAGCAACAGAAAAAACAAAAGCGGAAGCACAAAGGCAAGAAGCCCCACAGGGCUAAAAAAGAAGGUGCACCAAUUAGGAACUUGAAGGAUGCUACGAAGGUUGAUCACAGCUACAGCAGUAAGCACCCUAUCAAGGCCUUAACAAUUGGGUCCCUUAAGGCCUCCAUGGCAAGGAAAGGCGGACUGGACGCAGAUGAAAGGGAUAGUAUUGCAAGCCAGGUCCGAGGGGCAGUUGUUGUCCUCAACCGACUACGCCGCUAUGCAUACUGGGCGAUCGCCUUGGGCAUUGAGAGGAUCAUGCGGUUACCAGGGGCAGCAAAGUCGAGGAAAAAGGCACUGGACGAGGUCUUGGAUAGCAAUGAUUAUUCCUUCCGUCUCGCCACCCUUCUUUUGAGUGGUCAAGGUGGCCCCAAUUCAGCUUACGCGAGGGCAAAAAAACAA